GCCACCUAUGCUACGCUCUGCCGCCGCCGCCGCGCGCUCGCCGGCGGCCGCGGUGCUCCGGCGGCUCACCCACGCAGGCGGCCGGGAGGAGGCGGAGAGCGUGGCGUACCGCAUGUCCAUGCUCCGGGCUCCCCCCGUCGUGAAGAAGGCGGAGCUCCCGAGGAACUCCUGCCGCCUCAUCGGCCGCCUCCACGGGUCGGUGCGCCCGUUCGGCGGUAGCUCCGACGAGUGCCCCAGAGCGUACACUUUCCUGUCGGUCUCGUCCUCGUCCCCGCGCUCGUCCAGCUUCCGUGUGACAUUGAAUUUGGAAGGCGAGCUGGCAAAAGUAAGCCUAAAGCAUUUGAAACAAAAUGACCUUGUUUAUGUAUCUGGCAUUCUGAGUUCGUAUCAUAAAGUUGAUCCAUGUGGUGAGAAGCAUAUAGUCUACAAGGUACAUGUCACAGACCUGAACUAUGUUGUGGAUCAAAAUCGGAGGCCUCAGAAUGAUGACAACUCUUCAGAUAAAACAUCAGCAAUGUCUACCACAGAUGAAAUACUUCAAGAAAAGAAGUGCAUACGGCUUCGCCUGUGGCAAGUAUUCUUUGCCAACCCUUACGAAUGGUGGGACAACCGGCAAUCAAAGCCACACUUCAAAUGUGCUGAUUUCAAGCACAAGGACACUGGUGAGAAGCUGUGGCUUCUUCCAGAUGACCCUCCUUGGAUAAGAAGACAGCUUGAAUUGCACGACCAGGAAAUAGCAAAGAAUGGUCACAGGGAUGGUCGUAGGACCCUGAAAAACGACACAUGGGAAUCUCGAGACUUUGACAGCUCCCCAUCUCAAGAUUUGUACUCCUCUGAUGACGACGGACUGCUUCAUUCAUCAGGAGUAUGACGACUCGAGAUCAUGCCAAUUGGUCUAUUGAUAUGCAAUGGUUAUGCCUUGCUUGGCUGUAGGACUCACUGAAUUCUAGAGGAUAGAGGUACUUAAUGAUUAUGUUAGUAUACCGACUUAUAUUAGGCUUGUCUAGUGAAUACUAGUAACCUGCAUUGUAACUCAUGUACAUGCAUGAUGUGGUGGAAAUGUAAAACAACUUAAAAUCAAGAGAUGAUGGGAAAUGUAAAGCCUCAAAAAUAACAGUUCUGUGAUAAUGACAAGUAGGCAAAUGCGCUGUAUCAUCAUUUUAUCCA